AUGGAUAUGAGCAGUAUGACCGAUUCUAGCUCUUCAUCGAGUUCCUCCUCAACAAUGACCAUGUCCAUGGUCUUCACAAACGCCCACAACACCCCACUCUUCUCCUCCGCCUGGACGCCCUCGUCCUCCGGGGUCUACGCAGGCACCUGCAUCUUCCUCAUUGUCCUCGCCAUCAUCGACCGCGGUCUCAUCGCCUUCAAAGCCAUCAUGGAGCGCCACUGGCUCGCAGCGCACUUGAAUCGUCGCUAUGUCACGAUUGCCGGCAAGACCAGCGAGUCUGGGCGCAUUGAUGCCGACCCGGAUGCAAAGACUGCGUCGCUGAUUACGGCGCAGGGGGUGGAGGAGAACGUCAAGGUCGUGCGAAAUAUCUCUCAUGGCCCGAUUCCCUGGCGAUUUAGCGUGGAUGUGCCGCGGGCGGCGCUGUUUCUGUGCAUUGCGGGGGUGUCGUAUCUACUGUAUGUUUGUGAUCCUUGGACCGAUCGCAUUGUGAAUGUGGACAGAACGCUAACUGGGUUUGAUUCUAGCAUGUUGGCUGUCAUGACGAUGAACGUGGGCUAUUUCUGCUCGGUGUUGGCGGGCGCAUUCCUGGGUGAAUUGGGAGUUGGCCGAUACAUCCACUGGAACGAGCAUGCACACUGA